AGGAGAGUGAGGAGAGAGAGAGAAGGAAGGAGGUAUAGACAGGACAGGACAGAGAGACAGACAAGAGGCAGGAGAAAGAAAGGGAAAGAGGGAGGGGAAGAGAGAGAGAGAGAGUUCCGGGAUUGGAGGGGAGAAGGAGGGAGAGAGCCAGAGGGGAGAGGGAGGGAGGGAGAAAGGCGGCGAGAGGCGGGGGCCUCGAGAGGGUGGAAGGAGGGAGGAGAAGGGCGGGGCACAGAGGCCCGAGCGAGGGACCAGACUCAACUCUGACUUUUUCCGCCGCUCUCGAAUUCAGGCAUCUCACCCACCCCUGUGCCAACCUCUUGAAGUGACUGUCUUCUGACGUCCCCACCCCAGGCUUCUAACGCAGCCAUGUCAGUCCUUCUCCUGGUGGUCUCUGCCCUUCACAUCCUCAUUCUCAUCCUGCUUUUCGUGGCCACUUUGGACAAGUCUUGGUGGACCCUCCCUGGGAAGGAGUCUCUGAAUCUCUGGUACGACUGCACAUGGAACAGUGACAACAAAACGUGGGCCUGCAGCAAUGUCAGCGAGAAUGGCUGGCUGAAGGCGGUACAGAUCCUCAUGGUGCUUUCCCUCAUUCUCUGCUGUUUGUCCUUCAUCCUGUUCAUGUUCCAACUCUACACCAUGCGGCGAGGAGGGCUUUUCUAUGCCACUGGCUUCUGCCAGCUUUGCACCAGCCUGGCGGUGUUUACCGGGGCACUGAUCUACGCCAUUCACGCCCAGGAGAUCCUGGCGGAGCGCCCAUCAGGGGGCAGUUUCGGUUACUGCUUCGCCCUGGCCUGGGUGGCCUUCCCCCUUGCCCUGGCCAGCGGCAUCAUCUACAUCCACUUGCGGAAGCGGGAGUGAGGGCCACACGUCCCCUUGGCUCCACACGCGGCUCCUGGCCCCACCACCUCACCCCCAAGCCCCCACCCCGCCUCCAGAAAACAAAACAGUUUAACCG